CGACGCCCUGGGUAUUAUCACCGGUAGGGCCGAGCAUAACUAGCCAUGGCGGCGAACGGUGCUUGUAACGGCGCGCAGGUGGAUCCCCAUCAUGAAUCGUAUGGAGACAUCCAUCCGCCCGUGACGGCGAAAAAUGUCGAUGAACUGCACUCACUGCAGAAGGCGGCGUCGUCCGAGAAGGUCCCUGCUCCGGCGCAGUCGAUCAGCCAGUCGCUUGCUUCCAUCUCCAACGGCAAACCGGUUUGUCAUCACUCUCGACCUGUUCUUAGUGACACGGAUCUGAAGGUUGCUAAUGUGCUUUACAAUCUAUCUACCGCGGAGCUGUACGAGGAGGCGAUCAAGUAUGAGCAGGGAUCUCACAUCACGUCCACUGGCGCACUGGCCACUCUUUCCGGAGCCAAGACCGGUCGUUCUCCGAAGGACAAGCGCGUGGUGAAGGAGGAUGAGACGUCUGCUGACCUCUGGUGGGGAGAGGGCUCGCCCAACAUUGAGAUGGACGAGGAGACGUUCUUGAUUAACCGGGAGAGAGCUGUGGAUUACCUCAACUCGUUGGACAAGGUGUACGUGAACGAUCAGUUCCUCAACUGGGACCCGAAGAACAGAAUCAAGGUGCGCAUCAUCACUGCACGGCCGUACCACUCGUUGUUCAUGCGCAAUAUGUGCAUUCGGCCGACGCCCGAGGAGUUGGAGGAUUUCGAGCCGGAGUUCACCAUAUACAAUGGCGGGCGGUUCCCGGCCAACCGCUUCACGCACUACAUGACGUCGUCAACCAGCAUCGACAUCCAUCUGAAGAGGCGGGAGAUGGUCAUUUUGGGCUCGCAGUACGCCGGUGAGAUGAAGAAGGGCCUGUUCGGGCUGAUGAACUACCUGAUGCCGAAGAGGGGCAUCCUGUCCCUGCACUCGGGCUGCAACAUGUCCAAGGACGGGAAGGUGUCGCUCUUCUUCGGUCUGUCGGGCACAGGCAAGACCACAUUGUCGGCGGAUCCGAACAGGUAUCUGAUCGGCGACGACGAGCACUGCUGGAGCGACGAUGGAGUGUCGAACAUCGAGGGAGGAUGCUACGCCAAGUGCAUCGACUUGUCCAAGGAGAAGGAGCCAGAGAUCUGGAACGCGAUUCGCUUCGGCACGGUCCUGGAGAACGUGGUGUUCGACGAGCACACGCGGGUGGUGGACUUUACGGACAAGUCGGUGACCGAGAACACACGGGCGUCCUAUCCCAUCGAGCACAUUGAAAACGCCAAGAUUCCAUGUGUUGGCCCGCACGCGAACAACGUCAUCCUUCUCACGUGCGACGCUUUCGGCGUGCUUCCGCCUGUGAGCAAGCUGACUCUGGCGCAAACGAUGUACCACUUCAUGAGCGGGUACACGGCGCUCGUGGCCGGCACAGAGGUGGGCGUGAAGGAGCCGAAGGCAACGUUCUCCGCGUGCUUUGGAGCUGCGUUCAUCGUUUGGCAUCCGGCCAAGUACGCUUCCAUGCUGGCGGAGAAGAUGCAGAAGCACGGCGCGACGGCGUGGCUUGUGAACACCGGGUGGGUUGCAGGAAGCUACGGCACGGGGUACAGAAUGAAGCUGCCGCACACGCGCAAGAUCAUCGAUGCCAUUCACGAUGGGUCGCUCCUCCAGGCCAAGUACACGGCGACGGACGUGUUCAAUCUCGCCGUCCCUGAUCAUGUCGAGGGUGUGCCGGAUGAGGUUCUGAUGCCGCAGAACAUGUGGGCGGACAAGGAGCUGUUUAACACCACUCUGAAGAAGGUUGGUGGGCUGUUCAAGGCGAACUUCAAGAAGUUCGAGGACUACACCGUUGGAGGGGACAAGAAGCUGACGGAGGAGAUUCUGUCGGCCGGACCGCAGCUGUGAAGAGGGUCGGUGGUGGGUGUGGCCAGACGGACAAUAGGAUUUCAGUGUAAGUGUAGUUUUUCAGUAUUGUGAAAUUUCUGUUUUGUUGCAUGGGUGCGCUAGCUCACUCACGGGAUAUGCGUUUGGAAGAGUCUGGGAGAGCGCAUGGAUUGUGUUUUACAUGACGUACAGCUCUCUUCGGGGUGCUUAGAUGCUGCUCUCUCGGAUGUUUCAAACGACUCGCUUUUAUGCUGAGUUGAAGCAAUCUAUAGUGUCAGCCGUAUGCUGCUGCCGAUCAUUGUUCUCGGUUUAGUACAUUGAUUAAGUUAGGGCGUAGACGUCCAGCACAUAGUUACUUUAACUAAUUCGCGGAACACAACUAUUGUUGAUUACAUUUGUUUAUAAGGUCGACUGAUAUGACGGUUUCUUGUCUGUGUUGAACAGAGGAUGUUCAUGUUGAAGUCAGGUGUGCAUGCUGUGAGUACGGGUUGAUACUUGUUCUUAGCCAUCAAGACGGUUUCAUUGUCUUUUAUCGCAGCCAGCGCACUUGUCUGGAUAUUUUACGUAGGGAUUGCUCCGUCAAGCAAUUUCCGUUUUCCUGCAUCCAUUCACUGAUUUGGGUUACUUCGUAAUGUGAGAAUCUAUGGUGUCAUCUACCGAAAUGCGUUCAGUUAUACUUGGCUCCAGAUUGCUCUCCCACGUCAUAUUGAGGAAUUAGCUUCUGCCUCGUCAUAUCGAUCAAUUAGCUUGUUACGAUGCCCGAUGCCCUUCCAUCAAUGGAGCGCGGUCUCUCUCUCUCUCUCUCUCUCUCUCUCUCAAAGAGGGUACUAUGUCAGUCAUGUGAUUUUGCAGUUCGACUUUCGUGUAAGUAGGCGCCGAAUUUGCAAUUCGUCUCUUAUGUAGCCGCAAGAAUUGGACUUUCUGCGUGCGGCUUCUCAAGGCGCUAUCGUUUCCAGUUGCUUGUGAUGGUAAAGCUCCGAGUUAUGUUCCAACUGGUGCGAAUGCUGAAAAGUCGAUUUGCGCUUCCGACGUGCCUUUCUUAGAAAAUUCUUUUUUGUUAUUUCUUUUUCGACAUUUUCAGAUUCUGCUUUCGCAAUUUUAUAUUGCGUUUUCGACAUUUUUAAGUCAUGCUUUAGAUGCUUCGGCGGGUCAUGCAAUCCGUCGACGUUGUCCAGAGGUUGUCAGUGUGUUCACUGUGCUUCUUAUGUGUGUCCUGACGAUGCGUCCGCUGGCCCUUUUGGACCCGUUAGCUUUUUUCUAUCGUUAUGUCAUUGAGUGGGAAGAUGGUGGGCGAAGGGGAUUAAUAAUCCACGGUGGCCCUCGCCGUAGGUCCGAAAUUCGCUUACCAUUAACUACUGCUUUUGAGUACUGCGGCGGAUUUCGAUGUCGCUGCUCUUUCCUUUUCCCGCGAGUGAUGCUAUCGACCGAGGUUGUCGGACUUCCCGUAGACUUUUCCCGAAAGCGAGAACUUCACCACGGGGUGCUUUCGAGAAGAUGAAAUUGUAUCUGUCAGGUUGGAGAACGAUGGUGGACGAACGACAUGAAGGACGAUGGUGGACGAAGAGGAUUUAGGUGGGGCGUUUUGCGGAGGGGUCGAAAUUGAUUUUUGCCGAGGGUGUUUUCACAUGCUAGUGUUCUCUUCACCGUUGUAAUUAUGAUGGUUGUCACGAAUGUUUGUAGAUGGGGCAGACUCGCUUGCUGCUUAUUUUUGUCAAAUGUGCAAUCAGCUGAGCUUCCUAAGCGAGCGUUACCGCUCUAAAUUUGACAAC